GUCUUUGCACCAUCUGGCCAGCAGGUCUACUUCUUCUCUGUAGUGAGUCUCAUCGCCCUUGGUGAUGAGGCCCACCAGUGUUGUAUCAUCCGCAAACUUCACUAGAUGGUUAGUGCUGUGGGUCGUUGUGCAGUCGUGUGUCAGCAGCGUGAACAGCAGGGGGCUGAGAACACAACCUUGCGGAGCCCCCGUGCUCAGGGUCAGGGUGCUCGAGGUGUUGUUCCCUACCCGUACUGCUUGUGGUCUUUGCAUCAGGAAGUCCAGCAGCCAGUUGCAGAGGGAGGUAAGAUCCUGGUGUUCCCCGUGGACGGCAGCCACUGGGUGAACAUGGAGGUGCUGCUGAAGCAGCUGCACGCGCGCGGCCACCAGAUCACCGUCUUCCGGCCCACGCAGAGCUGGUUCAUCAAGGAGAUCGCGCCGCACUACACCUCCAUCUCCGUGCAGGUGCCCCGCCACGAGCAGGUGGGCCUCGACCUCUUCGAGAAGUCGGCCCAGCGCAUCCUGGAGGGCAGGCUGCAGGGGUCACUCAUGGGCUCCGUCACGCAGGUGAGGGAGUUGAUGUCAGUGCUUCAACUGGCUCACAAGGCCACCUGCACCGUGGCCUCCAUCAUCCUACAGGACCGCGAUCUGGUGAACCGGCUGAAGGCGGCCGAGUACGACCUGAUGCUGACCGACCCCGCAAUGCCGGCCGGGGUGUUGCUCGGCCACUACCUCCGCCUGCCCAUGGUCUACAACGUGCGCUGGAUGAGCUUCGGGGAGGGCCACUUCUCCAUCGCGCCGUCGCCCAUCUCGUACGUGCCCGUGCCCGGCUCGGGCCUGAGCGACCACAUGGGCCUGCUGCACCGCUCCAGGAACCUGUUCCACUACCUGCUCAACUCCAUCCAGGAGCGCUGGCUGGUGGUGCCCACCUACGAGGCGCUGAUCCAGAGGUACUUCCCACCGGGAACCGACCUGCUCAGCCUGCAGCUGAUGGCCGACGUGUGGCUGGUCAGGGCCGACUUUGUGUUCGAGUUCCCGCGGCCCACCAUGCCCAACCUGGUGUACAUGGGAGGGUUCCAGUGCCGGCCGGCCAAGCCCCUGCCUCACGACCUGGAGGACUUUGUACAGGGCUCGGGGCCCCACGGCGUCAUCCUGAUGUCGCUGGGUACGCUGAUCAGCGCGCUGCCCAUGGAGGUGACCGAGGUGCUGGCCUCGGCCUUCUCCCAGCUGCCCCAGCGCGUCAUCUGGCGCUACGACGGGCGGCGGCCGCGCACGCUGGGCAACAACACGCUGCUGGUCAAGUGGCUGCCGCAGAACGACCUGCUGGGGCACGCCAAGACGCGGGCCUUCGUGGCGCACGGCGGCACCAACGGCCUGUACGAGGCCAUCUACCACGGCGUGCCCGUGCUCGGCGUCCCCUUGCUCUUCGACCAGAUGGACAACCUGGUGCGGCUGGAGGCCCGCGGCGCCGCUAAAGUCCUCGACCUGGCCACGCUCACCACCGCAGGCUUCCUGGACGCUCUGGAGGACAUCCUGUACAACCCCACGUACCGCGACAACAUGCAGAGGCUGUCCAGCCUGCACCGGGACCGGCCCAUCCACCCGCUGGACAAGGCCGUGUUCUGGGUGGAGUACGUCAUGCGGAACAAAGGCGCGCCGCACCUGCGCACGGAGGCCAGUGGUCUGCCCUGGUGGUCCUACUACGCGCUGGACGUGCUCGGGGUGCUGCUGGCCGCGCCCCUGGUGCUCCUGGGCUGCCUGGCGCUGCUCGUCCGCACCCUGAGGAAGUUCCUCCCCGGACAGGACGACACCAAGUACUACAACUACAGGCGGAGGUACUCCAAGGAGAUAGUGCGGGCGAAACUGCAGUCGAUUCGCAGGGAAAGAGAACGCACAAAGUCAAGAAAGAAAGUACCUGUAGAGUGA